UCCUUCCGCCUGCGCUCCCCAUCAUCCCCCGCGGCAACUACGGCGUGCGGCGAGGGCCAAGCCCCGCCCGGCGGCGUGCGCGGUGACGUCAGGCGGCCCCGCCCCGCCGCGCCUGGCCGAGGGGAGCCCGGUGCGGGCCGAGACAAGAUGGCGGCGCCGGGCGAGUACUUCAGCGUGGGCAGCCUGGUGUCGUGCCGGACCUGCCAGGAGCAGCGCCUCCAGGGCGAGGUCGUGGCCUUCGACUACCCCAGCAAGAUGCUGGCGCUCAAAUGCCCCUCAUCCAGCGGGAAGCCCAACCACGCGGACAUCCUGCUCGUCAACCUCCAGUACGUGUCAGAAGUGGAGAUAAUCAAUGACCGCACAGACCCCCCUCCUUUGGCUUCCCUCAAUGUCAGCAAGCUCGCCACCAAAGCGCGGACGGAGAAGGAGGAGAAGCUGAGCCAGGCCUAUGCCAUCAGCGCCGGCGUCUCCCUGGAGGGGCAGCAGCUCUUCCAGACCAUCCACAAGACCAUUAAGGACUGUAAAUGGCAGGAGAAGAACAUCGUGGUGAUGGAGGAAGUCGUCAUCGCGCCCCCCUACCAGGUGGAGAAUUGCAAAGGCAAAGAGGGCAGCGCCCUGAGCCACGUGCGCAAGAUUGUGGAGAAGCACUUCCGAGACGUGGAGAGCCAGAAGGUGAUGCAGCGUUCCCAAGCACAGCAGCCACAGAAGGAGACCCCUUUGUCCUCCUGAGACCCCCGGGAGCACCGCUCAGCUCUGGUGGCCGUGGUGCCAAUUUGGGGGGGGGCUGGGGGGGGGCAUCGAUCCCACUUCGAUUUCCCUUUUUGUUUCCCGUGGGAGCUCAUCCCAUUCCCAGCUGUAGCCUUGAAGCCACCCGAGACCAGAGCAACCUCCCCUCCACCACUAACAGCUCCUUCUCCCGUUGCCUUUCCCACCCUUUUUCUCCCCAUAUUCCCAAUCCCCCCUUUGCUUUUCUAAAGGGGGGGUCCCCCUAUUCCCUAUCCCCCCCCCGCCCAAAAGUGAUGCCCCGGCUCCCCCAGACCAGCGCUGUCUGGUUGGAAUCCAGUUUGCACAGGGCAGGGCUUGAAUUCCCGGAGGGAAUUCUUCCCUUUAAAGCUAUAUAUGAAGAUAUAUUAAACUGAUCCCAAAAUCUCUUCUCCCUCAGGAUCAUGGCAGAAAAUCCCCCCCUUCCUCCCCCCUUGGGGGGGGGGUCUCUUUAUUUUCCUGAAUUUUCCCAGUUUUUUUGGGUUUUGCCAUGAUUCCCGCCCCCGUUUUGGGUUGAUUUUGGGGUGUUUUGGUUCAAUCCCCCCCCUCCCCCCCCAGUUCAAGCCCUGCCUGGGGACGAGUGAAAACUGAACAAAAAAGAGUAAAAAAGAAAAAAAAGAAAGAAAAAAACCAAACAAAAAACAGAGAAAAAAAAAAGAAAAAAGGAGAAAAGCAAAAAAAAAAAAAAAGGAAAAUUUUUUAGUCUUGUUUAGAAGAAAAAAACCGACCAAAACGGACAAAAUAAACCCGAACGUUUUUUAACCA